CAAGUUUGAUUGAUUGUUCAGAAAUAAGAACGUCAAAUCUUGUUUCGUGUACUGUCGGCCGUGUUGUGAGUAAGUGAGUCUGAUUCGUAGCUAAUAAUAUUAGCUGAAAAUAAAUACAGGGUUAUCGCCAACCUGUUAUAAAUUACUUCUUCUUAGCAAAUGAAGCGAAAAUGGAGGAUGAUGCUUUAUCAGUAAGUGAUGUUUUGCAUAAUAACGGUGAAAUUGAAUGGCAACCACUGGCUCUCACUUUAGUUGAAUAUCCGAAAGGAGAUUGGUUAGGAAAAUUCUUCGCUCUAAUUAGCUUAUCUCCGUUUGGUAUAGGUGCUGGGUUUGUGUCCCUAAUUUUGUUUCGUCGGGAUCUUCAUACCAUAACCUUUUUUAUUGGAACAUUGGUGAAUGAAGGAUUAAAUAUAAUACUGAAACAUUUAAUAUGUGAGGCAAGGCCACUUUCAAGAGGUCAUUUGUAUAAUGAAUAUGGAAUGCCAUCUUCUCAUGCUCAAUUUAUUUGGUUCUUUAGUAUCUAUGUUCUCUACUUUGUAUUAAUCAGAUUGCACCACAUAAAUAACAACAGUAUAAUAUCUGCACUGUGGAGAGUAAUUAUUGUUGGUGGCUGUAUAUUCAUGUCUUUGCUAGUAAGCAUUGCAAGAGUAUAUUUACACUAUCACACGACAUCACAAGUUGUUGUAGGAGGAAUAGUUGGAUUUACAUUUGCAACAUUGUGGUUUGUAAUAGUCCAUAGAGUUUUUACUCCACUAUUCCCACAAUUAGUCUCUUUGAAAUUUUGCGAGAUGUUGAUGAUAAGAGAUACUACACUGAUACCAAAUGUAUUAUGGUUUGAGUACACGACAUCAAGGCAAGAGGCACGUGCACGCGGACGCAAAAUGGCAGCGCUAAAGCCGACGCAAUGACGGUGCGCCUGCACGCGCGUGUCCAGCUCGGCGAGCCGGCCGCGCGCGUGACGCCUGGCGGCCGCCGCGGCGCUCGCGCUGCUCGGUGGCGUGCUACUUACUAAAUCUGAACCUGCUCGGUCUCUACUACCUUACUAACCUAGUGCCCUAACACCCGGGAGACGACACAUGUGUUAAUCAUGGUGAAAACUAGCUUUCAUAUAAUGCUAAAUAAUGUUGUAAUCUUAACGAUGCAAUAAUAAUUUAAUGUUAAUCGUAAUUAAUGUCUAGUGUUAAAGUUUUGUUUUGGGUUAAUUUGAUGUGUUUAUUGUUCAAAUGAGAAUUUUUAUUAACUAGUAAAAUUUGUAAAUGGGAUAUAAUGUUAAAUGGCUAGCCUCAUAAAAAUCAAAAGCAUGAAUUUAAUUUAAUCAGGAUAUAAAAGAUAUUAUAUAAGAGUAUUAUGAAACAAAACAAGGACCUCAUGGUUUCCAUGGUUGUGUUGUAGUGUAGUUAUAUUUGUAUGCAUUGUUGAUUAAGGGCUUUGUCAUAUUGGCGAUUCUCGAAUGUUUCAAACAAUAAGAAUUCUAAUCACUUGAAACACAAACAUUUCGCCAUUGUGAAGAACCCUUAAAAAUUAUAAAGUUAAGCAUUCAAAAAGUUUAAAAAUGUAUUUUCAAGAAUUGAGAAAUAGGUAUUAUGCAUUUAACAUUAUUAGAAUGCAUUGAUACAGUUUUAUAGCUACACUAAGCUUUAAAUGGCACGGUCCUUUUAUGUGAGUGGGUGUGUUAUCCUUAUAUGGUGUAACAGUACAGUACUUGACAAUAUUUUGUUAUUAAAUUUGACAAAAUUGUUCUAUUGCAGUUUCACCUCUAUAUUCUGUAAAUAUAAUCUCGCAUUUGUUAAAUGAUUGUGUGGUAAUGGAUAAAGGAAAAGUAUUUCGUCAGGUAGUGUCUUAAUAUACACAAAUAGUUUGUAAUGGUCGAGUCCUUAAUUGAAAAGCUUAUUCAGAAGCAGUGUAAGAAGUACCUUCCCUUUUAAAUAUGUGUGUUUGACGUGUUUGUGGAUUUUAGGAUACGGUUUAUGCAAUUAAUUUUAAUGAUAAGUAGUUUAUCUGUACACUCGUAUAACGGUUGCAAAAUAUUUAUUUAAUAAUGUUAACUUAAACUGAUAUUUAUACAAAGUCUUUCCAAGUUGCAAUUAAAAUAGUCCCAAGUGUAGAUGGCGUAUGUUGUGACUAAUAAGAAUGGUAAACCUCAACAUUCUCGAGUAUAAAGAUGACCUGAACAGCAUCUUUUUGUUCUGUGUUGUCUGUUAUCGUCGGACCAACCAAAGAAAUUAGUGAACUAAAAAGCUCUUCCAUAAUAUUGCCUAAAGCAGAAUUGAUUAAUAGUAUAAAGUACAUAUAGAUGUUACUGAAGCCCCGUUUAUUUUACAAUACGGAACUUUUUGUACGUUCAUAAUUAUUAGCAUAGCAAGACAGCCCAAAUACAAUCAAGUCUAUUUAGUACCACUGAAAUAAGCAGUCUGUAUUUUGUAUGUAUGUAUUGUUGGUACUUAUAGUAUGAGAAGAACACCCAUUACUAGGCGCGAGUACUUGUUUUAGAAUUAUUAGCAAGUAAUUGAUAAAUACUUUCCAUUUAUUCCAUAAAUCUGUAUAAUAUAAAUGGAUGAAUAGAAUUAUAUACGCUUAACUUGACAUAGGUGCAUACAUUAUUUACAAUAACUAUUUGUACGAGAAACCUUGGAGAACCAUCUGAAAACCACAAUGAUGUCAUAAUAUAGAAAUUUAACUGCCAGCUUCGAAUAUAUUAAAACUGCCAGAUAAGUAUUCAGGUAUGUUGAAUGAAGUCAUUAUGGCUUCUAAGGUUUUAUAACAAUAAAGCGCUAUUGAAUCCUUGUACUUAGUUAGCUUUCUAAAAGAAACCUGUGGUUUAUAGAUGGUAAUUGAAGUGUUACAUUUCUUUUCUGUAAAACAAAUAUAGACAUAAUAUUGUAUUUUUGUAAUACGGUAGUGAUUUAUAACGAACGGCUAGCGAAUUGGCAAUAGGAUUUAGUAUCGAUAGCACAAAUACAUAGACACCAAUGCUGUGGAACAAAAACAGCGUUUAUUGCGAGUGCAAUAAGAUUGAAUAUUCUAAAAAUAUAGAGCAAUAGAUUUUCUAGCUAGGUAUACAAUUUAUUAUCAUCUUCUAAUUACACUAUGGCUUGCGUCGUUAUUUAUCAAAUUUGUUAUUUUAAAUUUAUUUUGAAUACAUAAACUGGUGACUAAGAAGUAAUGUAGGUAAUUCCCGACCCACGUAUAUCAUUCUAAAAUAUUGUUAAAAUUUUAAACACUUUUUUUGUCUACAAUUAUAAUUAUGUAAAUAACUACAUUUAUCACGUAAGUUUUAUAUUAUCAAUAUAUUCUCCAUAAUUCACGUUUUUUGCUCAUGUGUUCAUAGUAAUUAAGAAUUUCUUUUUGUUUUAUAUCUUAAUCGUGAUAAUUUACAUUAUUUAAUUAUUAUCCUAUUAUUGUGAUGCAGCUACGAAUAUGUGUAUCAAAACGUAUUUUUUUUAAGUUAAUCGUUUUUUUAGGUUCUUUCAUAAAAUACACACACUUAUUCAUUAUAGCCUCCAAUUAAUUUUUACGUACUGUAACUUGCUAAUGGAUUUCUCAAUUUGUGGCUAUUAAGAAAGCACUUGAAAGGCGUAAAGUGCGAGAGGACUGAAUUUAAGCUUAAAAUAAUGGUACAAAUCCAUGAAAAAAAAAACGCUUAAUAAAUGGCUCUGAAAACUAUUGCUUGCUAGCUGUAUUAUGUAUGAUACUUGACAAUACGUGCUGCAUGUUUACUACAUAUAACAGGCGAACUUUCGACACAACUGUGCUUUUUUCAAUCGAAUUGAAUUUGGUUUGUUACAAUAUAACCCGUUAGCGCUAAUUCGUGCUGUAGCACGAGUUGGUAGUGCGGCUGAUGACACUUCGCCGAUCGCGACUCGAUAGUAGUUACUAUUUACCGAAUCAAAUUCAAAAACAGACCCAGACUAGCUACAGGAUAAUCAUGCAGUGCAUAGUAUAAUAAUUGCGUUGAAUGAGUUGUUGAUUACACUUGUUGCAUCUUAUUAAGAAUUAAGAGAACCAAUUUUAACUAAACCUUCCGAACUAAGACGCCAAUUGCCCAGUUAUGCAUUCAUUAUACAAUAUUUGUCGUGUUUAAUGUUUUAUCAAAUCGUAUAUGUAGGUAAAAUUUAAUAUUAUAUUGUAAUUGUUUAUACAAUAUACAUAUUUGUUAUAAUGUACAAUAUUCAAUAAAGUUGUUUUUGUAUGUACUUAGAAUACCGAGAUAAUUAAGAAUAGCCUUAAUUUAGGGUGAAAAUACACUUGUCAGCAUAAAUUCAUUCUUAGUUCAAAUUAAACAGCUGAUUUUCCAGACACUUGUACUCUCUCAAAGCGCGACAAACGGAAUCGCCGUUGUAACGGAACGUGGCCUUAAUAUUACUGUGAUGCACAUUAAAUAUGUAACAUAAAUCUUUGCAAGCUGACUAAUGCUAAAGUGUGUUUUCAUUCUAACCCAGAAUAAAUAUUUGAUAUAUUUCAAUACUGUUUAAAUAAUAAUAAAACAAGUUUUAUUCAUUGGUUUAAUAUAAUGAUUACAAAAAUCGUUGGCAUUGUUUUGUAAAUUGGUACCUUGUUAUGUUGUUUUAAAAGUUGUUUGUAUCUAAAUCAGUUCAUGUUUAACUUUCUGAAAAUAAAUUAACGAUAUUUACUUAUAUUCACUAAAAAGUUUCAA